CAUUUAAAAUUCAUUAUUCAUUUUGUAUUUUGAGGAAAUCUGAUAUUAAAUAACAUGUUAAGAAAUAUAUAACAAAAAUUUGUUUUUAUUACAACACAGUCGGACUGACAACCCGUGUUUGCUAAUCGAUGACAGCUAAAAUAUGUAAACAUGGCUGGCAGCCUACCUAGCACCAGCAGCAGUAGUCUUUUGCCCUACACAUCUCAGCAGCCUGAAAAUACUAUCCUUGAAUGCCGUGUGUGUGACGAGGUAUUCCACCUGCAAGGAGACAAGGUGCCGAGGCUGCUCAUCUGUGGCCACACUGUUUGCCACCAGUGUCUUGGUCGGCUCACUGUGCAUGGACAUGCCAUACUCUGCCCCUUCGACAGGCAGCCCACUGAUAUUGGCGACUCUGGUAUCUGGGGCCUGAAGAAGAACUUUGCCCUGUUAGAACUGCUGGAGAGGCUACAGUUCUCCCCCCAGUCCACAGCAAGACAAUGUGGGCUCACAGAUGAUAUGAGACUUGCCAAGGAAAGAGAUUUUGCCAUUCCCUGUGAUGAGAAUGAGAUGCACACAGCAGUGGUUUACUGCAUCACAUGUGCGACUCACCUGUGUCUGGACUGUUCUGAAACCAUCCACAACACUCGCACCCUUAUAAAACACAAGCGUGUGCCCAUCUCAGAGAAACCUAAGGAGAACCCCAAGUGUGCAUACCACCCGAUGCACUUUGUGGAGUUUGCCUGUGUGGAAGAGGAGUGUAAAACUAACCCACUCAUGUGCUAUAUAUGUAAAGACUAUGGCAGACAUUUAAACCACAAACAUUCUUUGUUGGAGACUGAGUCUGAAGUUGUGCGGACAGCUAUCACAAAUGCCCUGGUGCGGGUGAGGUCGUUUGGCGAGGAGGUGCGAGAUUCUAUACGGAAAAUCAGCACCUCCAUACACCAGAUGGAAGGGGGCUACACAGUUGUGCAAAACAUAAACACAUCCAGCUCCACACAGCAGGUUCCAGGAUCAAUAGAUGAGGCUCGUAUCAAGGUUCGAAACUACUUCCAUGCACUGCGGGAGACAUUGAAUCGGCAGGAGAUUGCGGCGUUGACCACAGUGGACACCCACAUCCGGGAGAAACUGUGCAUGCUGCAACAACAACAGGAAGACAUGACCAUGCUCCUCUCACAGAUCACGGCAGUCUGUCACCAGUGGGAGACCACGAUGAACGGGGACGACACCAAGGUACUGCUAGCUAAGACUGACAUCGGUGUGUUACUGGACACGAUUCAGAAACAGCAGCAGCAGUUCUCCGACCUGCAGGAGCACAUCACACUCGACCCUCUCAUACCCAUCACCUUUACAAAGGAUAAUCGUGUACAUAUUGGUCCAAAGAUCGAAAUGCGGGUUGUAAUUCUGGGCUUGGAUGAUGCCGGUAAAACCAGUCUACUUUUCAAGAUGAAGAACAAUGAGUUUAUAACUACCAUUCCAACCAUAGGUUUCAAUGUGGAGACUGUGGAGUACAAAAAUGUUAAGUUGACCAUCUGGGAUGUGGGGGGCCAACACAAGAUACGACCCCUGUGGAAACACUACUACUUCAAUACUCAAGCGGUGAUAUUUGUGAUAGAUAGUCACAAUACUGAGCGCCUGGAUGAGUCACACAAUGCUCUGGUUAAGCUGGUCCAAGAGAAGGAACUCAAGGAUGCCUCUCUACUUAUAUUUGCAAAUAAACAAGACCUCCAACCAUGUGUGAGUAUUGAGGAGCUGACUGAGAAGUUUGGAUUGUUCAAGCUCUGUUGCAACCGUAGCUGGCACAUCCAGGCGUGCGACACCAACAUGGGGACAGGGUUACAGGAGGGCCUGGAGUGGCUCUCACGGCAGAUAGUGGCUGCUGGGGCCCCUGACCUGCCAUGAGAAGGUCGCAGAUGCUAAGAUGUGUGAAGGCAGAAAUUUGUGGGAUGAAUAUCUGAUGGCUCUGCAUAUUCAUUGUUGGCUACAGAAAUACUGCCAUACUUGCCUAUCUUGCUGAUGUUGUGGUUGUGAAUGCACUUACAUACUUACAUAAAGUUGUGUGUCCCUAGUUCAGAAGAGCCACCCGACACAAGACAUCGUGAUUCUCUGUAACAGUUUUUAUGAGUGCACUUCAAUACAAACUAGAUAGUACUAUUCCAAAUGUUUCCUUUACUGUCUUAUUUUUGUUUUUGAAGGAGCAUAGAAACUGUGUACCAAAAGUAUUAUUCAGAUAAAUGUACAUUGGACGUGUGUUUGAAAUUAGAUUAAAUUUGCUUUGUUAAUCAAUAAAAUUAAUAAAAAUACCUUUGCCAUAACUCAAGCAAAGUAAUAAUAUUAAACAUGAUCGGACUAUUCGUACAUAUUCAGCAAGGGCCACAAUUGUGGUGUAAUGUGGUUAUGCCCCUUGUUAAAACUGAGACAAAAACAAAAGUGUUGGCAUUUGCAUUGAGACACUUCUGUCAGUAUAUUGAUAUUAUUUGCUAUCAUGUUUAUUUUCUAGGGACUUUGUGAUUGUUAUUUUUGGUAAUAUGUACUACAUGUUUGACUAACUUUGUCCAAGUAUCUGGCAUUCCCCUUCAUUGUUUUAUUGUUAUUUUUUAAUAUCACUGUACUGGUAGAUUAUUUCUUGAUUUCUUUUGAGAUUUAAAGGAAAUAGACACCAGUUGAUACAAUGACUAUGACAGGAAGUUUCUGGAACGCUUCUUGACAGUUAAAUGUGUGAAAUGAAAUGAAAUGCCUUGCAAAGUGUUUGUAAAAUUUAAAAAACAUUCCACAUUUUUUUUAGACUGGGAAACCAUUAAGGGCUCUUUUUAGAAGGGGAAAGUAUUUAUUAUUUUAAUCAUGUAAUAUGAUGUAUUAUCGGCAUCAUACAAGUUCCCAUGGACAAUUCUAUGCUUGUUUUGAGGAAAUACUCAGUGCCUCAGUAUUUGACGAUUUUGGGACCAUCUGGUGUCUAAUCCCUUAAAGCUUCUGUAUUGUUUCUAACUAUAAUUAUGUUAAGCCGGUUCAUUUUGUGUUCCAGAAAGUCAUAUGAUACUCAUUAAACUGUUAUUACGCAGGAACAAUUUAUUUUUCCUGUUAUCAUGAUAAUCCAUACAUAGUAAAUGUACAUUAUAGUAAAUUUAUCACUUUGUUUCUGUAUGACACAUGCUACUAAAAAGAAGGGAUUUUUGUAAGACCACACAAGAUUUCUGAUAAGAGCAAAGAGAUUGCGACUGGUGGCAUUGGUACUAUUGUGAAUAUUUCUCACAUUAACUUAAUUCUUGAUUGGUAAAUAAUUGAAAUAAACUGGUGUAUAAAAAAUUUUCAUCUUGAUAUUUGAGUUGUAAGAAAAUGAUGCAAGUGUGGCAUUAACAAAGCCUGAAAUGUAUGAAAGUUCUUGCAUAUUGUUGAUUAUUUUGUAUACUGGUCUGUUUAUUGUUUUAUUGAAAAGUGGCAACUGGUAGAUUUAGUUGGAUAAGUUAAAAACUGACAUCAUAUAUUUGUAUUGAUUUCUAAUAAUGCUAUCAAGGUACUAAAUCCAGUGAAUGUUUUCUCACAAUAGUAAUUUACCUGCCAUAUUAUUGUAUUGUUAAAGAUGGAAUAAUCAAAAUGAAAUUCAA